GGACAAAGUAACCGGCAAACGGCAUCACUCUUCGCCAAAGCGCUUUGACUUACGCGCGGAACAAUCCACAACAAAGUUUUCUGGAGCUGCAAGUUGAUCCCUGCGUAAAUCCGACGCGUAGCGCACUGGAGACGCACAACCGGUUCCUGGCAACUUUACCUUCACUGUUAUCCUGGUUUGGGGACCAUAGGAGUUACACAUUGACUGGCCUCUAAGAUUACCGGGUGACGCAUUACAGCAGACAGAGCCAAAGUCUAAACUGUGACCUUCAAAUACUUGUAGUGAAGGCGCGAGACAGAGAGAAGCCAAGGACUGCAUUGGAUUGAGCAAUAUAGGAACGUGCAAGCUUUACAAUGGCAGACCGCUUCGACUGUGACAACUGUAAGGAAUCCCUGUACGGCCGGAAGUACAUCCAGUCGGACGACAGCCCCUACUGCAUCCCCUGCUAUGACAGCCUCUUUUCCAACACAUGUGACGAGUGCAAGGAGCUGAUCGGCCAUGAUGCUCGGGAGCUGUUCUAUGAGGACCGGCACUACCACGAGCACUGCUUCCGCUGUUUCCGCUGUGACCGCUCUUUGGCUGACGAGCCCUUCACCAGCCAGGACGACGCCCUGCUGUGCAACGACUGCUACUGCAACGAGUUCUCCUCCAAGUGUGUGGCCUGCGACAAGAUCGUCAUGCCUGGCUCGAGGAAGCUGGAAUAUGGCGGCUCCACAUGGCAUGAGGGCUGCUUCAUCUGCCACAGUUGUGAACAGCCCAUUGGCUCCAAAUCCUUUAUCCCAGACAAAGAUGAGCACUACUGUGUCCCCUGCUACGAGGACAAGUUCGCCCCUCGCUGUACACGCUGUAAAAAGACCCUAGCUAAAGGUGGAGUAACCUACCGGGAUGAGCCAUGGCAUAAGGAGUGUUUUGUGUGCACGAGCUGUAAGACCCAGCUGGCCGGUCAGCACUUCACCUCCAGAGAUGACAGCCCCUACUGCCUCAAGUGCUUUGGCAGCCUGUACGCCAAGAAGUGUGAGGCCUGCUCCAAGCCCAUCACAGGUUUUGGAGGAGGGAAGUACAUUUCCUUUGAGGACCGCCAGUGGCACCAGCCCUGCUUCACCUGCAGCCAAUGCUCCGUCUCCCUGGUGGGGGCAGGCUUCUUUCCGGACGGGGAAAAGAUCUUAUGCCGUGAAUGCCACACCAAUCUAUAAAACCUACUAUUUGAGCUGCUGUACCAUAUCGUGACUCUGUGUUUGAACUCACAGUAUUGGACACAACCAUGCCUAUGCAAAGAUAUACACAGGGUUUCUCCUGUGGUAAACAUACUUUUUCCUUGUUCAUAAGCAGUUUGAUGCUGUAUAGAAGUCAUAGGAUGCAUUUUACAAGUAGAGUUAUACAUGUUUAGUACACCUUAGACACACAGAGAAGAUUCCAGUGGGUUUAAAAUGCAGGAUUUGCAUUAAGGACACAAUGGAAGAAUGCAAUUGCUAUACAAUCCUACAUAAAAGUCUUUAUCACUAACUUGUAACGUAACUUAAAAUGUAAGAAAAAAUACAUAUACUAAAAAUGUGCCUUUAAACUUAAUAUGCAAAAUUAAAGAUGUUAUAAAACCAAAGAGAUAAAAGUGCAAGUCACUUUUAAAAGAGUUUGUGUUGAGGUCAGAGAGGAGAUGGUAAACCGACUUGUAAUGAUGGUGGCUUUUCUUAAUGUGCUUUGAAAUGAUACAUGCAGUGGUUCUCAAAUGGUGGGUCUGGACCCAGAGGUAGUAAGUAAGUAAGUAUAAAUGGAGAAUUUAUUUUUUAUAAAGUGCUUUAAAGGUUCAUCAAAACCUGUAACAGAUUUAUUACAAAAUUGCAUCUUACAGUCCAGUAAAGUCACUGCAUUUUGAAUUUUGCAUCUUACCCCAGUGAUUUUGCUGUAGUAUAAAAAGUAGGAGAAAGCACAACAAGUCUCUAUAGAAAGUAAAAUCAAUUAAUGAAAGAGCUAGAAAAUGUUGCUUAAAAAUGGUAUUGGUAUGUCAAUCAACUGUGUUGCACUUUGGCUAAAGUUGCUCUUCUCUACAGUAUGUGCACAUAAGACACUUCACAGCCCAUUACACAUAUAUGCCACAUAUUAUCAUGUGUCAUAUUACUGCUUUAGUCUUUUUCUUUUUUUUUUUUUUAUCGCACGAAUUCCAAUCAAGUUUGUCAAUACACACGAAAGAGGUGAUUAAGCUCAGAUAUGUUGAAUAAGGACUCAGCAACAAACACUAAAUACUUCAUGAACUCCAAAAAGCCCUGGAAAAGCAGAUGGGAACUCUCUAAACAUGAAUUCAUUGAAUAAUGUCUGCAUAAUGCUACAUUUAUGGGAAAAGAUGACCUAAUAUAAAUGUUUUAUGUCAUUGUAGAAUGUCUGAUUCCCUAAGCUUGAUUUUUCUCAUCUAUAAAACAUACAGUAAUGUUCAAUGAUUAGCUAAACAAGCUAAACUCCAGUGGCUCAGCAUUUUGGAACUGUGCGUUUUGAUUUGUAAAUAUUUAUCUGUCACUAAUGCUUAUAGUGAGCAGCAGAACUAUGCGCAUUUUAUCCUCUUUAUCCUCUUUAUUGCCACGCUUUCACAUCUGUGUUUUAUUGUUAGUGUGUAAAAUUAUAAAUGUAUUUCUAUAACCUUUUUUUCGGCUUUGAUGCUGGUGAGUCAGAGUUGGCAUAUAUGCAUUUCAACAUAUAUAAACUGUGCCGUUGUGGUCACAGCCGGAUGAACUUACUGUAAAUCAGGAAUAUGUGAUACGGCUACAUGCUAUGAUGGUUAGCUCUAUUUGUGAAGUCUAAUGAAAUAAAUGUACGCUGCGGA